ACUUCCUACUAAAACAGAGAUAGCAUUCAAAGUGACAGCUACAUUCAAAGUGACAGCUACAUUCAAAGUGACAGCUACAUUCAAAGUGACAGCUACAUUCAAAGUGACAGCUACAUUCAAAGUGACAGCUUCAUUCAAAGUGACCGCUACAUUCAAAGUGACCGCUACAUUCAAAGUGACAGCUACAUUCGGAGAGACGCACUAGGAGAUCUCAACGAUGGCCGAGUCAGGAGCUCACCGUGUGGUGGCACUAGCUAUAGACGAAAGUGAACACUCGGACAAUGCCUUUCACUGGUACUGUGAACACAUCUACAAGGAAGGGGACUACCUGCUGCUCAUCCACGUCCCUGAAACCUAUGACUUCACAAUGGCAAGUCCAGCGGUGGUGGAGCAGCUUUUAAAAGAACUGGAGGAACGUGUGGACAAUCUGGAGAAGAAAUAUCGAGAGAAGUUACUAGCCAGAAGGAUAUCUGGGAAAUUUCGUACCGCAUCGGGAAAACCUGGAGAAAAAAUUGUCAGCGUUGCUAGAGAUGAAAGGGCAACUCUUAUCAUCACGGGCACCCGCGGUCUGGGCAAGUUCAGGAGGACAAUUCUAGGAAGCGUCAGCGACUACAUUGUUCACCACUCUAACGUGCCUGUCUUGGUCUGCAGGUGGAAGUCUCCUGAAGAUACAAAGUCAUGAUCUGGACCUCGACUUAACCAAAACAUUUGAAGGGAGAAUGAAACAUAUAAUAUAAAAUGAUCAUAUAAAUAUCUACGUUAUGGCUUAAUUGGUUUGAAGCGAGAUUAGUAUUAUAAUUGUAGAUAUGAUUCGUAUUUUAAUCAGAUUCUCAUGUUUUAAAUAAUACCCUUUUUUUGUAAUCCUGUUGGUGUCCUAAAAUCUUAUUUUUUAAAGACAUUUAUUACAUUUGAUUUAUAAACAGUAGAUAUAGUGAAAUUGAGAUUUGAAAAAAAAAAAUAAUUAAAAAAAUGAUCCCCUUCAAUUGAGCCAUUAUAACUCAUCAUAAUAAAUCAUUUCACUCAUGGAAGGAUAUGCCUAUAUCUUUGUACAUGUAUGGGAGGGAACUCUAUUUUAUAUGUCCCAUUUAAGAGUUGCAUCAAUCAGUCUAGAAAACAAAUGACUUAGGUUAUGCAUUUCCAUUAUGACGUAGUAAUAAAUUUUGAACUUGAUUGAAAGUAUUUCUCAUCAGUAUAAAGUCAAAAAAAUAAAACAAGUGAAUGAGAAAUGGAGAAGUAUUCUCCCCUUUCACCCACAGUCCGUUGUUAGCAAAACUAAUACACUUUUUUUUAAAGAAUACGUUUAUGGCUAACUUUGUAUUAUAGGUUGGUUUUUUUUUUUUUUUUUUUUCAUGUAUCACUGUUAAUUUUAUUGUUGUUUUUAAUUAGUUAUUGAUUUUUAGAAUUCAUGUCGGUUUUUUUUUCUUCCUUAAAAGUCAACCACUUUUAAUGAAAGCCUAACAAUUAUUUCUAGGAUUAAGCAUUUUCUACAGUAGUCACGCAGGUCCAGCUCUGACCUUCCAGACAUAGCUAGUGUCUGCUGGAAGACGAGUUCUCUUUUUUUUUUUUUUUUUUUUCGUAUGUGAUCUCCUUUGGUGUUCCAUUGGAUCUCAAAUAUUUAUCCUUUUGUUUUUGUAAUAGGUUUUACUUUUCGGAAGUCAUUAGCUGCCAGGUUUUGUUUCCUUCUGUGCCAAUGAAGAGACGGUAGUCACAGACGCUGCUACUUAAAGCGUUGACGUAGGCACACCCUGUUAGGCCUUCGUCCUUUAAAUUUGAGAUACAUGUAGAAAAGUUUGCAUGAAGUUUCAAACAUCUGCAAUAAUUAUUUAGUACAAAAUAGUUUCAUUUUUCAAGUUUUUUGGAACGGAAGAAGUAUAACAUUAUUCGUACGAAAUACUUAGGCGAGUAGGAUAUCACAAAUUGUCAUCUGUCUGAAAACUUAGAGUCGAUUUUGUUUUUGGUUACAGCUUUGCAAAUUGAGAAGCUCGAAUGGAUUAAAUGAAUAAAAUAUGAAAUAGUAUGCAUGUUAUGGCAGUUUAUAAUUAUUGAAAUAUUGCAUAUGUUUUAAUGUGUUAGGUUACGUCACUCUGUCAGUGUUGCUUCGAGAGAAAUGAGAGAGGAUUGUUGGUUUGUGGAUAUAAAUAUAGUCACAAUUUUCUUUUUGUAAACUAAAACUGUAACUGUUGUUAGUUUAAUUAUUAUUAUAUAUUACGACAAAGGGAGGCUAUAAUAAUAAUUAUGUUUUUAUUUAAUGAAGUUCGAUCAUGGUAGAGAAUGACUACUCAAACCGCAGCUAGCUGAAUCUGAAGAAAUGUAUUUCAUAAAGCUACAUGGUAUAGUCCAAGGGAGAUAAUGUCAUAUUUUUGUUUAAAUCAUCCAAGUGGGGAUGUUGCUCAUGUUUUAAUAAGUAAUUUUGUAUUUGAUGUUUAUAAUUAUAAUAGUACUUUGUGUAAUUAAUUUCAUUGUAAAGUAAUCAAAGCUUGUAAGUGAUAUAAUAUUGUAUUAUAAAGUUUCGUGUAAUGUUAUCCAUAGUGCAGUGUGCAGAGAUCAAUUGUCAAUGUAGUGGUUCCUAUUUAUUAUUUACAUUUCAUGUGAUUUAUAUUCAGACAUUGUGUUCACCCAUUGCUACAUUUCACAAUGCUACUAUAGUGGUUAUAUUAUAUUGUAGCUAUAUUACAGAUAUCCGCUGCUAGAGAACUUUGCCUCAACCAAAAUCUAAGACUAUUAUCACUGAUACAUCAAACCUUGGCCGUGUAUUCCCAGUCUUGUUGAAGUUACUAUAAGAAAAUACGGUGUUAUAUACAAUGUAUCUUUGAAUGUGCGUGCAGAUGUAUUCAAUAAGUCUACAUAGUAGCCUGUACGCCUGCCUAUAUUUGCUUUGUAGACCGCAAUGUUGUUUAGAUGUUCAUAAAGUGUGUUAUGUUAAACAUUUUCUAGAACCUGUCGUCAUAGCUACACGAACAAUGGAAGAUGUUGAAUGAACAAGAGAAACACAAAAAUACUUUAAAAAAAAAACAAGCUUGUAUUAAGUGUCAUUGUAUCAAUGUCUUUGGAUCAGUCAUGUGAUUAUAUGUAUGAUUGACCUAGACAUAAUAAAUGUGUGCGAUUAGAAAUAUUAUAA